GCUCCAGCCAUAUGAUAACUUCACUACGAUAACUUCACUUGCUCGUACCUUGAACAUAUUGUACACUGAUACACACGCUGGAAACGCAUGAAAAUUUGAAGGACCAAACGGAACCAGUUUACGAAUGAUCAACCCUCCUAGCUCGUAAUCCAAACCAUUCCUCACCAGCUAUGGACUAAGCCGUCCGAACGGGCACCUACCAACCGCCGCACGACAUCGCCGCAAACUCACCAUGGCUGCCAAUUCCGAAUUCUUCAAUAACCGCGCCCAAAAUGGGCUCGUUGUUGUCCAUGAACCUCCCAAAUUCGACCUCGAAUCAUACAUCUCCAACUACCAAGGAAGAACAAAACUCGACCGGUUAAAGUCCAUCGGCGCCACGUCGACGUGCCUGUGUCUGGAUGCGCUCCGACUGGCGAUGGAAGAGGCCCGACGCGGCAAAGAUGUGGAUGCCUACAUGCAGGUCAUGGAGAUCUUGCAGAAGAUCGUGCCGGGAGAUCCGCUGAGCGAGACAGACCUGGACUGGGUCGCCCGGACGAAGCUGGUGGAGAAGGCGGAAUCGGACCGGUUGGAUCAGGAGCUGAAAGGGUACAAGAACAACAUGAUCCGAGAGAGCAUUCGUAUGGCAAAUGAAGACAUCGCCUUCCACGCGUACCAGAUCGGGGACUUCGGCAGUGCCUUGAAAGCAUACGCCCGCGCCCGGGAAUUCCGACAAACCGCCCGUCAUGAAAUCGAACUAUUCCUCAAGCUGGCCAUGGUCCACCUUGCCACCAAGCAGCUCCACCACCUCGGGAACGCCAUCCAGCGCGUCCUCGCUCAACCCCUUCCGACCGAGGACAAAGACAUUAUCGACGCCCUCCUGCCGCCCUUGAACGGUCUCGUCUCACUCGCCGCGAAGAACUAUGCCGACGCGGCGAGGAGUUUCAUUGCAACCCCGCAAUCUUAUACGGCCCUAGAACCACGUGCGGGGAUCGACUUUCAGAAAGAGCUGAUAACAGGCAACGACAUUGCCGUCUACGGCGGUCUCUGUGCGCUGGCAUCCAUGAGCCCCCAAGAGCUCAAAGAGAGGGUCCUCGACAGCGCGACGUUCCGACAUUUCCUGGAACUGGAACCGCACAUUCGUCGGGCCAUCUCCCUCUUCUGCUCCUGCAACUACUCCGCCUGCCUCGAAAUCCUAGACUCGCACCGCAACGACUACUUGCUAGACGUCUACCUGCAGCCGCAUCUGCUCCAGCUCUACGAACUGGUGCGGCGGAAGAGCAUCGUGCAGUACUUUAAACCGUUCAAUAAGGUCACGCUGGACGAGAUGCAGACACGGUUCCCGUCCACCGAUGGGCGACCAAUCGAGGAGGAAUUAGUGGACAUGAUCAAAAGGGGGUCUCUGGAGGCACGGCUAGACCUGGUGGAUCGACUACUCAUCUCCCCCACUCCACAUCCCCGAUCGGCCCUGCAAGCCCAAGCGCUUGACAUGGCUCAGUCGUACGAGCGGACGUUGCGGCUGCGGUUAAUGCGCAUGAAUAUGUUGCAUGCCAACCUAGUGGUCGCCUCUGGCAAAGGUCGCGGACCUCACAUGGAGGCACUGAGGGGCGGCCAGGCCAUGACGAUGGAGGACGUGGCGGGUUCAAAUGGGUCAUAUGGUGAUCUCAUGGAUUACUAGUUGCUACACGCUUCGAAUGCGGACGCUGUCUCCGAAAUAUUGGAACCGUGCGAGAGGUGUAAUAUUCAGACCUCACGUGCCGGCUAAAACGACCGGUUGCACGAGUUGGGCAUGGACGAUGGAUAACGAUGAUAGACACGAACAAUGACGCAUUAAAACGAGGGGCCAUAGAAAGUCUCUGUCAACACCAUUAUUGAUUCUCA